AUGACGCACACCGGCAAGGCCGGCGCCCCACUGAAUGGAGAAAUGGGACUUGUGCAAUUUCCAGCUGAUAGUCUCCCCUGUUUAAAAAUAAACAGGCCUCCUCAAGGCUCUGAGCCAUGCACAACUCUCCCGAAGGCCAGCACCAAGGCUGAGAGCUGCCGAGGUCAGCAGUACUGGCACACAGACAGCUCUAAACAGAAGAGGUUGAUUCCUGAAAGGACAGUUUGGAAGUACUUUGUUCAGCUGUGCAGUGCACUGGAACAUAUGCAUUCUCGUCGUGUCAUGCAUAGAGAUAUAAAGCCAGCUAAUGUGUUCAUUACAGCUACAGGGGUAGUAAAGCUUGGAGACCUUGGACUUGGACGAUUUUUCAGCUCCAAAACCACAGCUGCACAUUCUUUAGUGGGUACGCCUUAUUACAUGUCUCCAGAGAGAAUACAUGAAAAUGGAUACAACUUCAAAUCUGACAUCUGGUCUCUAGGCUGUCUGCUAUAUGAGAUGGCUGCACUGCAGAGUCCCUUUUAUGGUGACAAAAUGAACUUGUACUCUCUGUGCAAGAAGAUAGAACAGUGCGACUAUCCACCUCUUCCUUCAGAUCACUAUUCAGAAGAACUGCGACAAUUAGUUAACAUAUGCAUCAACCCGGAUCCAGAGAGGCGACCAGACAUAGCCUAUGUCUAUGAUGUAGCGAAACGUAUGCAUGCACACACUGCAAGCAGCUAAAU